CAUAAAUUUCCUUCAUGUUGAAAACAACAUAUACAUUGAAUAAACAAAAUCUAAAGGAAACUUCCCAAUUCACAAAAUUCCAAACCCAACACUUGUCUACACCUUACUCUUUUCAACUUUCUCCCGCCCGCCUGCCCGCCACCUCUUGACUGCUUUUAUUCUACUCUAACUUCAACUAAACACUUCUUUAUUCUUCAUUUUUUACUCCAUUUCCGAUGCAUUUCCGGUGACUCGCUAACAAAUUAGGGUUUCGUACUUCUCCCUUUUCGGUGAUCAUGGGGGAAUCAAAGCGUCAGUUGAAGGCCAUGCUUCGCAAGAAUUGGCUUUUGAAGAUUCGUCAUCCUUACGUUACCUUUGCUGAGAUAUUUCUUCCUACAGCUGUGAUGCUGAUGUUGAUUGGUGUUCGAACUCAAGUUGACACACGUAUUCACCGUGCCCAACCGUAUAUUCGGAAGGAUAUGCUGGUGGAGGUUGGCAAAAGUGAUAUUUCUCAACCGUUUGAUCAGAUUUUGGAGGUUUUACUAGCUAAGAAUGAGUAUUUGGCUUUUGCCCCUAACUCAAGUGAGACAAGCACAAUGAUCAACUUGUUGUCAUUGCGAUUUCCUUUGCUGAAGUUGGUUGCCAGAGUCUACGAGGACGAAGUGGAACUUGAAACCUACAUUCGCUCAGAUUUCUAUGGUACCUGCAACCGAAAUAAGAAUUGUCCGAAUCCUAAAAUCAGGGGGGCUGUAGUAUUUCACAGUCAAGGUCCCAAGAUUUUUGACUACAGUAUACGCCUUAACCACACUUGGGCGUUCUCUGGGUUUCCUGAUGUCAAAACCAUUAUGGAUGUUGAUGGUCCUUAUCUUAAUGACUUGGAGCUGGGUGUGAACACCAUUCCAAUUAUGCAAUAUGGCUUUAGUGGCUUCUUGACUCUUCAACAAGUUAUCGACUCCUUCAUAAUAUUUUCUGCACAGAACACUGAUAAUCGCAGCAUCUCUGAUGGUUCUUAUGUUCCUGAGUUGAAAUUCUCCGACAUGGUCUCCCUACAGAAGUUUCCUUCAAUGCUCUAUGUCCCUUCAAACAUAAGGCUGGUUCCAUUUCCAACUCGUGACUACACUGAUGACGAGUUCCAAUCCAUAAUUAAAAAAGUCAUGGGAGUACUGUAUCUGCUGGGUUUUCUAUAUCCAAUAUCUCGCUUGAUAAGUUAUUCUGUCUUUGAAAAGGAGCAAAAAAUCAGAGAUGGGCUUUAUAUGAUGGGUCUUAAGAGGGAUGUUUUCCAAAUCUCGUGGUUUAUAACAUACACUCUUCAGUUUGCAAUCUCUAGCGGGAUCAUUACAGUUGUCACCAUGUGGUCUCUUUUCGAAUACAGUGAUAAGUCGCUGGUGUUUGUGUACUUUUUUUUCUUUGGCCUGAGUGCAAUAACACUUUCUUUCUUAAUUUCUACAUUUUUCACAAGAGCUAAAACAGCGGUGGCUGUUGGGACACUUUCAUUUUUAGGAGCCUUCUUCCCUUAUUACACUGUCAAUGAUCCAGAUGUUUCAAUGGUACUAAAAGCUACUGCAUCAUUGCUUUCUCCCACAGCCUUUGCGUUGGGAUCAAUUAACUUUGCUGAUUAUGAGAGGGCACAUGUUGGAUUGCGUUGGAGCAAUAUAUGGCGUGAAUCAUCGGGCGUCAACUUUCUGCUUUGUUUGAGCAUGAUGGUAUUUGAUGCAAUAUUAUAUGGUGCAAUAGGUAUCUACUUGGAUAAGGUACUUCCAAUAGAAGAUCGUGCACAAUUUUCAUGGAAGAAUAUAUUACCUAAUUUUCUUCGGAGAGAGAAUGAUAGUGUGAGAACUUAUUCUUCUAAAUCUGGUGUGAAAUUGGAGGGUACAAGUUUGGAGAUGAAGCAGCAUGAAGUUGAAGGCAGGUGCCUUCAAAUAAGGAAUCUUAAUAAAGUAUAUGCCUCGAAAAAGGGAAAAUGCUGUGCAGUUAACUCAUUGCAACUGACUUUGUACGAAAAUCAGAUUCUUGCACUUCUAGGACAUAAUGGGGCGGGUAAGAGCACUACCAUCUCUAUGCUUGUUGGGCUUAUUCCUCCAACUUCUGGAGAUGCUUUGGUUUUCGGAAGAAAUAUAUUGACAGAUAUGAAUGAUAUCCGCAAGGACUUGGGGGUGUGCCCUCAAAGUGAUAUUCUUUUCCCGGAACUAAGUGUGAAAGAGCAUUUGGAAAUAUUUGGCGUAUUGAAAGGUGUGAAAGAAGAUGUUCUUGAAAGUGUUGUGGCUGAAAUGAUUGAUGAGGUUGGUCUAUCCGACAAAGUUAACACUCUUGUAAGUUGUUUAUCUGGUGGUAUGAGAAGGAAGCUUUCCUUGGGAAUUGCACUUAUAGGGAACAGUAAGAUUAUUAUUCUAGAUGAACCUACAAGUGGAAUGGAUCCUUAUUCAAUGCGCUUGACCUGGCAGCUUAUAAAAAAGGUUAAGAAAGGAAGAAUUGUAUUAUUAACAACACACUCAAUGGAUGAAGCUGAAGUAUUGGGAGAUCGUAUAGCUAUCAUGGCAAAUGGCUCUUUGAAAUGUUGUGGAAGCUCCCUCUUCCUGAAGCAUCAAUAUGGUGUUGGCUACACCCUUACUCUAGUGAAGACUGCGCCAGGUGCUUCUUUUGCUGCAGAUAUCGUUCGUCACCAUAUUCCUUCAGCCUCUGUUGUGAGUGAGGUGGGUACAGAAAUAUCUUUUAAGCUCCCUUUGACAUCUUCAUCUUGUUUUGAGGGUAUGUUCAAGGAACUUGAAAGCUGUAUGAAGAGGUCAACAUUGGACUCUGCUGCAAGUGCUUCUGAGCAUGAGUGUGUUGGUAUUGAAAGUUAUGGUAUCUCGGUAACAACUUUGGAAGAGGUAUUUUUGAGAGUGGCUGGAUCGGACCUUGAUGAAUUGGAGUCUGCAAAGGAUGAAACAAUUUGCCAUGAUAGUGUUGUUACUCAAGCCUCUGAAUAUCAUCCUUCAAAAAAAAACUCCUUUGCAAAGCUUUGCGGAAGUUACAAGGAUUUUAUAAUGGUCAUGUGUGUUAUUGUGGGAAGGACUGUGAAAGUGUUCUUUGCUGCAGUCUGGUGGUUCAUCAACUUCCUAUAUAUGCAAUUUUGCUGUACCUCUAUACUUUCAAGGUCAGAUUUUUGGCAGCACUCAAAGGCAUUACUUAAAAAGAGAGCCAUUUCUGCCAGGAGAGAUCAGAAAACAAUUGUUUUUCAGAUUCUAAUCCCAGCAGUCUUCCUGCUUUUUGGACUUCUUUUCCUUGAACUGAAGCCGCAUCCUGACCAGAAAUCUAUAACAUUUACGACUUCAUACUUCAAUCCUCUAUUAGGUGGUGGUGGUGGUGCUCCACUUCCGUUUGAUCUAUCUUAUCCUAUCUCAAAAGAUAUUGCAUCACAAAUUGACGGUGGCUGGAUUCAGGAAUUCAAACCAAGUACCUACAGGUUUCCAGAUCCACAAAAGGUUCUAUCAGAUGCCAUAGAGGCUGCUGGGCCGAAUUUGGGCCCAAAGCUACUGUCUAUGAGUGAAUUUUUGAUGUCUAGCUUGAAUGAAUCCUAUCAGUCAAGAUAUGGUGCUGUUGUAAUGGACAAGCCAUAUGAUGAUGGAACCCUGGGAUAUAAUGUGCUUCAUAACAGUACCUGUCAGCAUGCUGCGCCAACGUAUAUUAAUUUGAUGAAUUCAGCAAUCUUAAGGUUUGCUGUUUCUGAUAGUAACAUGACAAUCCAAACACGAAAUCAUGCUCUACCGAUGACAAAUAGCCAACACCUCCAACACCAUGAUCUAGAUGCAUUUUCAGCUGCAAUUAUCGUCUCUAUAGCUUUUUCUUUCAUCCCUGCAUCAUUUGCUGUUCCUAUAGUAAAGGAGCGGGAAGUAAAAGCUAAGCAUCAACAGUUACUGAGUGGGGUUUCUAUAGUAUCGUAUUGGGCUUCUACCUAUGUAUGGGACUUCUUCAGCUUCCUUUUUCCCUCAGCAUUUGCAGUUGUUCUUUUCUACAUCUUUGGUUUGGAUCAGUUUGUGGGAAUUGGAGGUUUCUGUCCAACAGUUGCCAUCUUUCUGGGGUAUGGAUUAGCUGUUGCGUCUUCCACAUAUUGUAUGACAUUUUUUUUCUCUGACCACAGUGCUGCGCAGAAUGUGGUUCUGCUGGUCCAUUUUUUUACUGGGCUUAUUCUUAUGGUGAUCUCCUUUAUAAUGGGUGUUAUGGAGACAACUUCAAAUGUAAAUUCUUAUCUUAAGAACAUUUUCAGAAUAUCACCUGGAUUCUGCUUCGCGGAUGGACUUGCAUCACUUGCCCUUCUACGCCAAGGGAUGAAAGAUAAAUCCAGUCACGGAGUUUUUGACUGGAAUGUUUCUGGUGCCUCGAUUUGUUAUUUAGGUUUUGAGAGCAUCUUCUAUUUCUUAUUGACACUUGGACUUGAAGUUCUACCACCUCACAAAAUAUCUGCCAUUACAAUUGAUUGCUGUUGGAGAAGAAUCAAGAGUUUACGCUAUAUGAAUAGUAACAAUAUGUUGGAACCUUUACUGGGUUCAUCUGAUUCUGCGGCUGUCGACAUUGAUGAAGAUAUAGAUGUAAAGGAGGAACGAGACAGGGUGCUUUCUGGUGCUGCGGAUAGAGCUAUUAUAUACUUGCGUAACUUACGAAAGGUCUACCCGGGUGGAGAAGUUCAAGGUCCAAAAGUUGCAGUUCAUUCACUAACUUUUGCUGUCCAUGAAGGAGAAUGUUUUGGAUUUCUUGGAACAAAUGGAGCUGGAAAAACAACCACAUUGUCAAUGUUAUCUGGAGAAGAAUACCCUUCUGAGGGAACUGCAUUUAUAUUUGGAAAAGAUAUACAGUCAGAUCCCAAGGCCGCUCGUCAGCAUAUAGGGUACUGCCCCCAGUUUGAUGCUUUGUUAGAACAUUUGACUGCAAGGGAGCACCUUGAGCUGUAUGCAAGGAUUAAAAAAGUACCUGACCAUCGGAUUGAAGAGGUGGUUAUGGAGAAGAUAAUUGAAUUUGAUUUGUUGAAGCAUGCCAAUAAACCAUCUUUUUCCCUUAGUGGGGGGAACAAGCGCAAGUUGUCUGUGGCUAUCGCAAUGAUAGGAGAUCCUCCUAUUGUCAUACUUGAUGAACCUUCUACAGGCAUGGAUCCUAUAGCAAAACGAUUUAUGUGGGAUGUCAUUUCCCAGUUGUCUACAAGACGAGGGAGAACAGCAGUUAUACUCACUACACACAGCAUGAAUGAAGCUCAGGCUCUGUGCACUAGGAUGGGAAUAAUGGUUGGGGGGCGGUUACGAUGUAUUGGAAGUCCCCAACAUCUGAAGACACGAUUUGGAAAUCAUCUUGAAUUAGAGGUGAAACCAACAGAAGUAAACUCGGAGCAACUGCAUGCCCUGUCGCUGAUGAUUCAAGAGAAGCUUGCUAAAAUUCCAUCUCAGCCUAGAAGCUUGCUAGGCGACCUAGAGACGUGCAUCGGAGCUGCUUAUAUCACUCCCAACGAUGUCUCAGUGGCUGAACUUAGCUUGUCAAGCGACAUGAUAGUCAUGAUAGCUCGUUGGCUUGGCAACGAAGAACGAGUAGAGGCUCUAGUAAGUUCCAGCAUGACAUCUGAUGGUUUUUUCAGUGAACAGUUAUCAGAUCAACUACUUCGUGAGGGUGGCAUUCCGUUACUGGUGUUCUCUGAAUGGUGGUUGACCAAGGAGAAGUUCACUGUAAUAGAAUAUUUCAUUCAAUCAUCAUUUCCUGGUGCAACAUUGCAGGGGUGCAAUGGAUUGAGUGUCAGAUACCAGUUACCUUUUGGGGAGAAUUUAUCAUUGGCAGAUGCUUUUGGUCACAUAGAACGAAACAGGACUCGAAUUGGCAUAGCGGAAUAUAGCAUCAGCCAAUCUACUUUAGAGACCAUUUUCAAUCACUUUGCCGCCAACUCAUCAUCAUAAUUAUCUAAUGGAUCGUUGAAUAUCUUGUAGCCACUUUCGCGUGAGCGGAUCUCAAAGUUAGUGUCACUGAUAAGCUUACAAUAGAUAGAGAUCGUAGUAAUGGCUGGUGGGUGAUGGAUACAAAUUUCAUGAUAAUGUUCAUUACAGUUAUCGAAUAUCAAUGUGAAUUUGUUCUUGUAUCUAACAAAUCAGAAACUCUGAUGUACUAUACUAUAUUGAUAGCAAAGCCACUUGUUAAACCAUUAAAUUUAUAUUAUAAGAUGGAUGAUGUAAAUCUAUCCAAGUGAUGUUAAAGGUGUAUAUAUUAAACAGAGCAAAGUAGAU